CUGGAACUAUAAAGCACACUCAUCCAGAAACGGCAGCCAGAAGUGAAUGGGCAUGGAGAGGCCGGCGGCCCGGGAGCCGCAGGGGCCCGACGCGCUGCGGCGCUUCCAGGGCUUGCUGCUGGACCGCCGCGACCUGCUGCACGGCCAGGUGCUGCGCCUGCGCGAGGUGGUGCGCCGCCUGGAGCGCCUGCGCAGACGCUCCCUGGCGGCCAACGUGGCUGGCAGCUCGCUGAGCGCCGCGGGCGCCCUGACCGCCAUCGUGGGACUCUCGCUCAGCCCUGUCACGCUGGGAGCUUCGCUGGUGGCGUCGGCCGUGGGGCUGGGGGUGGCCACAGCCGGAGGGGCUGUCACCAUCACGUCCGACCUCUCGCUGAUUUUCUGCAACUCCCGGGAGCUGCGGAGGGUGCAGGAGAUCGCGGCCAGCUGCCAGGACCAGAUGCGCGAGAUCCUGAGCUGCCUUGAGUUCUUCUGCCGCUGGCAGGGCUGCGGGGACCGCCAGCUGCUGCAGUGCGGGAGGAACGCCUCCAUCGCCCUAUACAAUUCUGUCUACUUCAUCGUCUUCUUUGGCUCACGUGGCUUCCUUAUCCCCAGGCGGGCGGAAGGGAACACCAAGAUUAGCCAGGCCGUGCUGAAGGCCAAGAUUCAAAAACUGGCCGAGAGCCUGGAGUCCUGCACUGGGGCUCUGGACGAACUCAGCGAGCAGCUGGAGUCCCGCGUCCAGCUCUCCACCAAGUUCAGCUGUGGCCACGACCUCAAGAUCUCUGCUGACCAACGUGCAGAGCUGUUGUUCUGAGAACAUCCUUUCCUCCUAAUGAUCGAGGCCAGCAAAUCAUCCCCAUGGGAUGCUCCAGAUUUUGUAGCUCCCUUAGGAAAACACCAACUUGGCUUAGGAGCCGAAGGCAAAAGAUGAGAAAAACUGUUUUCGAAGUGGGUGGGUCCCCACAGCGCUUCUUUUCCCAUCACCGUGACAGCUGCCUGGGCUUGAGUGCUACGGACUUUUCAGUUGUGUGAUUCUAGUGGAAGAAUGUGACCCCAAAACUGUUUUUCUUUUAUCAGAACCUUUCUGUCUAAACACAGCUGGACAGGCACUUCUGUUUUAAAGUUAUUCCAGGGUCCCUGACCCUGCCCUGUUGGCUUGAGCUGAGACUGGAGAGGGUGCCACCCACUGGGUCCUUGCCAAGUCCUACUAGUCUUUGAAGUCCUCAAAAUGCCCGUGAGAGGAGGCACUUGCUUUUUAAAGGCAGACACUUGCCUCUCUAGCUAGAGUUUCUGAUACAAAGAACUCCAGAAUUCAGAGCAAAUCAGCCCUUCUCUGAACGUCAUAGGGCGGUUCGGGACCCAGAGAGGACCCUGUUCCUCUUUGCUUUCCUUUCAGCUCACCCACUGCCAGAUGCAGCCUGAAUAUGGAGUGGGCCUUUCCUGAGUGGCUCCCAGUCCAGUCCUCCAAGUACUCAGAGGGGAAGUCUGCCAAACCAUCUUCUAAGUCCCGCUCCGUCACGUGAAGCAGCUGAGGCCCAGAUAGAUGGAGCGACUGAUAACUUCAUUUCCCAACACCAUUGUGUUCAGAAGAGAGUGAUGGGUUUUGAGUUAGACCUUCCUGGGUUUGAGACAGGGAUUGUCACUGCUGUUUGAGCAUAGCCACCUGAUCUCUCUGAGACUGUGUAAAACAAAGAUGAUAAAACCUCACCCUGCUGCGAGACAUUAAAUGAGCCAAAGUGCCUAGCAUAGCGCUGUAGUGUAGUCCCUGGAAUGGCAAAUUAACACCACCCAGGAACUUGUUAGAAAGCAAAUUCUUGGACACAAUCCCCCAAUUUAUGGAAUCAGAAACUCUGGAUGUGGGGCCCAGCAACCUGAGUUUCAACGAUUUCUAUAGGUGGUUCUGUGGCACACUAAGGUUUGAAAACCACUGCAACAAAUGCUAACUUCUAAUCCUCUCAAUGAGCUUUCACGAAGUCUGACAAAAGACAAACUGUGUCCCAGGAGCCAGAGAGAGAAUGAUUGUGUGUGUGUGCACGCGCAUGUGCAUCCUGGGGCAGUGUCUCACCAUAUGAACUAAGGGACGUAACACUAUAAACCCAUUAGAGGGCAGUGUUUCCCACUUAUUGUAGAAACUGGUACAGAAAGGAAUGUGAAGUUCCUGAAACUGAGCUUUCUCUAUUACUACCUUCUCCGAAAAGCGCCAGUCCAUGUAUUUUUUAAUUUAUUUUAAGUUUGUAAUUUAAUUAUUGUUUAUUAUUUGCAUUUAAUUUUAUUAAAUCAUCACAUUUAGAAAAUAAUAAGAGCAAGUUUCUAAAUGGAAGACUGCUGAGGCUCUUUGCAAGAGAUGAGAUUAAGUUUGAGUUUCUAAGGCAAAGCAUGAGCUGGAAACAGCAUUGCUUUCCUUGAAUGUCUCUCUCCUUCAGGGGGAUUUUUUUCCUCUAGUGUUUUAAAUGAUCCAUUUAAGUAAGCAUGGAGAAUGUUGAAUAGCAAGGCCAGAAGCUGAGUUUAAGCUUGUAAUGGAGGCUUGCAUUGUGGGAUAUAUAACUGAGGAAGCAUAUUUAUCCUGAACGUAUUUUGCCAGAAGAUAACACUUGACCUGGGAAAAAAACCUAUUUAGUUCAGGAAAAAUAAAAAUUUAGAGAUACGUGAAGGAAGCACUUAGACCUUGCAAGCCUGAUGUCCUAUGAAGUUAUGUCUCAUAGGUGACAGACAGAAUAGCAUGACUUAUGGUGGUGAUGUGUUGCAUUUUCACUUUGGGGUCCGUAAGAAGCUGUCAGUGAAAAUAUGUACAAUUCCUUCAUUUUCCAUUCUUAACAGCUGUAAUGUUGAAAAAUAAGUUGAAAAGUCUUUGGGACCAUACAUGUGAAAACUGUGCCUCUAUUAUUUAAUUAUUUAAUAUGCUAUAAAUGUACCUAAUCAACCCCCAUCCUUCCCAAUGAUGGCAGUAUGUCUGAGGAAGUAUAAUUUCAGUACUGGGGUUGGGGAGAGGAGGUGAUAUUUCUAUAUUUUUAUUUUUUCUAUAAAUUGCAAUUGUCUGUAUCCUGGUUUAUUUUGAAAGGUAUAUUGGUUUAUUUUCAAGCUGAUGUAAUCUCCUAGACUGCCUCACCCAGAUGCUGGCAUUUUUUUUUUUUUUUUUUUUUUUUUUGAGACAGAGUCUCAUUCUGUCACCCAGGCUGGAGUGCAGUGGUUUGAUCUCGGCUCACUGCAACCUCUGACUCCUGGGUUCAAGCCAUUCUCCUGCUUCAGCCUCCUGAGUAGCUGGGUUUACAGAUGUGCAGCAGCACACCCAGCUAUUGUUUUGUAUUUUUACUAGAGAUGGGUUUUCACCAUAUUGGCCAAGCUGGUCUUGAACUCCUGGCCUUAUGUGAUCUUCCCACCUUGGCCUCCCAAAGUGCUGGGAUUACAGGUGUGAGCCACCUCACCUGGCCAGAUGCUAGCAUUUUAGAUCGCCGGGAUGUACUUCAUGUUGUUAGUUGUGUUGUGGGAUAAAGGUACAACCAUUCCCUAACUCUAUCUUUUAUUAAUGCUUAAGUUUAAAUUAUAUUCUUCCAAUGCCUAAGCUAUUCCUUAGAAAUAAACUGGGCACUUCUGGAAGCAGCAUCAACAGCAGCAGCAAACUUUUCUUGUCAUUAAGAUAUUUUGGAUGUAUCAAAAGUUCUAUACUUUUGAAGUUAUGAUUUCAGUGGCCCACUUUAUAUCUAAGGAAGAGUGUCUACUUUGGAACAAUACUUUGCACAUAGUAGGAACUUAAGAAAUGCAUUUGAAUAAUUUAAUUGACUGUUUAGCUAUCUUAAUGAGAAUGUGUUGAUAACAAAACAUCAUCCAUCCCUUUAUGUGUAAGAUUGGAGCCUCUACCAAGAUUUAGUCAAUUUCAGUUAGAAUGAUUCUAGAAACAAAUAUUUAUUUAUUUCUUUUAUGGGGAUUUGAGUAAGGCUUUUCCUUAAGGUCUUCAUUCUAUAAAUGAAAAGGUUGAAAUGUAUGUUGUAAAAGGGAAGAAGGAAGAGGGAUAUUUAGAUGUUAAGUGUACUUCACAAAAAUGUCAGAAUUUGAGAAAUAAAUAUGUUUGUACUAAAUGUUUAAGUGCUUCUCGGGUUUGCAAUCAUUUGGGUGGUUUUGUUUCACAAUAACGGAGAUUCACUGGGUUCCACAUUUUAAGGAUUCAGUAAAACUACAUUUUGUUCCAUUAAAAAAAUAAUCCUUAGCAAACAUUCGGAUCCUAACUGCUUUGAUGCACUUCCCUCGGGCACCUGUCAUUUCCAAUAUGGCAAGUGUCAAAAUCAAAAGUAUUUACUGGGAGAAAAAGGAGAGGAGUGGUUGUGGAAAUCUCCCUAAAUCAGAUAUGUCAAGCCAUUAGCCAACGUGGUAUAUUUCUCAAUCAAUACUUUAGAGUGAAUUGAGAUACUGAGAUACAGACAUUGUGCAGAGAUAAAUGGGGAUACAGUCAAAUGUAGCAACUCUUGAGUUCAUUUUUUUCCCACUGUAGCAAAAUUAACGCUUUCCCUUUAUUGAAAUAAAUUGCUCAUUCCUCAAA